UACGGAACUAACCUAUUUCACUACUAGUAAAGUAAGCAAAAACACGUGUGAUUUUCUUUGAUUCCUCAAGUUUUAAACCAUGACGGACAACGAUAAUAUUGGAUUGAAAACGAAGAAAAAGAAAAAGUUGGAAGAUUUGAGCAAAUUACAAAAAGAAAUUGCCUUCUCCAUAGAACCUUCUGAAAGGAUAGCAAAGCUAGACACGUCCCAAUGGCCGUUACUGUUGAAAAACUACGAUCGCCUAAAUGUGAGAACAAACCACUAUGUACCAAUACCUACAGGGUCAUCUCCUUUGAGAAGAAACAUAAGCGACUAUGUUAGGUCAGGAUAUAUCAACUUGGAUAAGCCUAGUAACCCAAGUAGUCAUGAAGUUGUUGCUUGGAUUAAACGCAUCCUCAAAGUGGAGAAAACAGGUCACUCUGGUACUCUAGAUCCCAAAACCACAGGGUGUCUCAUAGUAUGUAUUGAUAGAGCAACAAGGUUGGUGAAAUCUCAACAAGCUGCUGGUAAACAGUAUGUGACUGUAUUCAAACUGCAUUCUGCUGUGGAUUCCAUUAAAACAGUGACUCAGGGCUUGGAGAGACUGAAAGGAGCAUUGUUUCAAAGACCUCCUCUGAUAUCGGCAGUUAAAAGGCAGUUGAGAGUCAGAAAAGUGUAUGAUAGCAAACUAUUGGAUUAUGAUGAGACCAGGAAUAUGGGUGUUUUCUGGGUCAAAUGUGAGGCAGGUUCUUACAUUCGUACAAUGUGUGUCCACUUAGGCUUGAUGGUGGGAACUGGGGGACAGAUGUUGGAACUUAGGAGAGUUCAGUCUGGGAUUAAUGGUGAGGGAGAUGACACUGCCACACUACAUGAUGUACUGGAUGCCCAAUGGUUAUAUGACAACCAUGCAGAUGAAACCUACCUGAGAAGAGUGAUAAAGCCAUUGGAAGGUCUCUUAGUCAAGCACAAGAGAAUAAUAAUGAAGGACAGCUCAGUCAAUGCUGUCUGUUAUGGUGCAAAGAUUCUACUUCCAGGAGUGUUGAGAUAUGAAGACAACAUUGAAUUGAAUGAAGAAAUUGUUAUUGUCACCACAAAGGGUGAAGCUAUAGCCCUUGGUAUAGCAAUGAUGACAACUGCAACUAUGGCCAGCUGUGAUCAUGGAGUUGUGGCAAAAAUAAAGAGAGUCAUCAUGGAGAGAGACACAUACCCUAGAAAAUGGGGGCUGAGCCACAGAGCAAGCCAAAAAAAGAUAUUGAUUUCUCAAGGACAACUAGACAAAUAUGGAAAGCCUAAUGAGAACACUCCUAAGGAGUGGUUACACAGCUAUGUCGAUUAUGCAGGAAAACAAGACGGCAAAGAAGCUGAGUCACCUGCCACACCUGCUCCAGUAGCAAAGGCUACAGAAGAACCUGAAGCUGUUGAGGAAAGCCCCAUUCCUAAGAAAAAGAAGAAGAAGAAGAAAUCAAAGGAUAGUGCUGAAGAAAGUACAACAGAAGCUAUGGAAACAGAGGCUACUGAGCCAGAUGCUUCUGUGGGUGAAACUGGUAGUGAAGCUGAGCGUAAAAAAGAGAAAAAGAAGAAGAAAAAGAAGCAUGCUGAAGAAGCUGAAGCUGAAUAGUUUUACUCAUGUUUCUGAGUAUUUUGAUUUUUAUAAAAUUUUGUUUCUUUAUUUUUUCUUUCAAUAUUCAGCAGUACAUUUCUUAAGGAAAAUUCAAAAUUCAUUGGUUUUUAUUGCCUUUCCUAAUUCAAACAGGGAAUAAAAUUUGACCCAUUUAUCUUCUGUUCAUCCUGUAUA